AUGACUUUCUUAACGAUCCUCUUAACCCUCUUGUUACCCGUGAUCGGAUCUUGUCCUUUACCUAUUCCUACCUACGCUGACCUCAAUUCUGCACCAUUACCUGAAUGCUCGGGAAAAUUUGCCACCCGUGCAGAAGAGAGUGGUGGUGGUGGUGGAAUAGGUAUAGGAGCUAUCGCAGGUAUAAUCAUAGCCGUCCUAGCUAUAAUCCUAAUCAUCCUAUUUAUCUACAUUCACAACCGUCGACGCAACUCCAUACCCAACCUAUCGUCAGCUUACGGCUCACCUCCUCCAGCAUACACUUCACCACCUACCAAGAUCUACUACCCUUCUCAAAAGCAUUAUCCUACUCUUCCUAAAUAUACCGGACCGAACACUUCUCCGGCAUACGUACCUUCCUCAGGAGGACGAACAGAGGGAGGGGAGAGGGGAGUGAGAUUUGGUGGAGUUGGUGUGAGGGGAUAUAAUUGA